AUGCUGAUGGGGCUGUCCGUAGCCUUCUCGGCCCUUUUGUACAUGUAAGGAGCAAGCUGCCCGGUGCUAUGUGUGAAUGCCAAAGCUAGAGUGCUAAUGAGUGUGUGUCUGCAGUUCUGUGCUUAAAGCGCUUGAAGAUGAGACGACAGCACUAGUCAACUGCCACAAGGUGAGAGGAUACGGUGAUACUGCAGCAACGCAACUCUGUCGCUCGUGCAACAGGAAGAGUCGUUCUCGCGUUUUGCAAGUCGAUUAUUCCACUCCUCUACUUUGAUCCUCUCUUCUUUUCCAAGACGGAGCGCGCAGUCAGAGUAAGCCCGCCUUGUCAGUGAAUCGCAGGUGACACGGCGUUUCCCCUCCGUCUUUGUCUCAGGGGCUACUUAUGCUCGUGGUCAUGCUGGCUUACCACAUCAAGACGCAACCUUACCUUGGGAGGCCUCGAAUCAACAACCUUAGGGCCGCCGUAUACGCAAUCGGUAAGUACAGACACACAUGGACCACAUGCAUGCUGUGGCAUCCUGGCGCUUCGUUCCUCAGCCUUGA